GUGAGAAGCGCGUGAAACACUAACAAAAUUCUAGAACUCUCUUGUCAAUUGAUAAAACCUAUUCUCAAACCAACAUUCACCGCUUUUAGGGUUCUAUCUUCUACACUCCUCUGUACAACUUCGUUUCCUAGCAAAUCCUACAACGCCACUCAACUCUUCCCUCCUCCCAAUCCCAUAAUCUAAGGUCCAGAAAUGGCCACAACUCAGCUCACAGCGUCCUCAGUUUCAGUUUCAGCUAGAAACUUGGCGUCUUUUGAAGGUUUAAGACCUUCCACAGUCAAAUUUGCAUCUUUCGGGACAUUGAGGGCGGGUGCUCUUGCUCAACGAUCUUUUCGGGGCUUGGUCGUGAAAGCGGCUACUUUGGUAGCCCCAAAGUACACUUCGAUUAAGCCUUUGGGUGAUAGAGUGCUAGUUAAGAUUAAGGUCGCAGAGGAGAAGACUGAUGGUGGGAUCUUACUUCCAACCUCUGCGCAAACAAAGCCUCAAGGAGGUGAGGUUGUUGCUGUUGGAGAGGGGAAGACAAUUGGGAAGACCAAACUUGACAUUUCUAUUAAGACUGGCACCCAGGUAGUUUAUUCCAAGUAUGCAGGGACUGAGGUGGAGUUCAAUGGUUCAAGUCAUCUUAUAUUGAAGGAGGAUGAUAUCGUCGGUAUACUCGAGACGGAUGAUAUCAAGGAUCUCAAGCCAUUGAAUGAUAGAGUAUUUAUAAAGGUAGCCGAGGCUGAGGAGAAGACUUCUGGAGGCUUGUUGCUGACAGAGGCAACCAAAGAGAAACCUUCUAUUGGCACUUUAGUAGCAGUUGGGCCCGGAACUGUUGAUGAGGAAGGCAACAGGAAACCCCUAUCCGUCUCCCCGGGAAACACAGUCUUGUACUCAAAGUAUGCAGGAAAUGACUUUAAGGGAAGUGAUGGUACCAACUACAUUGCACUAAGGGCUUCUGAUGUGAUGGCAGUGCUCUCUUAGUUAAUCUUUUUCGUGUUUUCAUGUGUUGCUGAAUUUUGUGGUUGAGUUGCCUCAAGGCAUAUGGAUUAUAAAUGUAGUUUUUGAGUAUAAAUUGAUUACCGCUCCACUGUUGUGAGCGGAAUUCUAGCGCAAAUUUCUUUUUUGGAAUUUGAGGCUCGUAUUCAGUCA